GCAGUUGGAGUUGGUGCCCAUGAAGGAUGAGGAAGGCCAGGCUCUGGGGGCUGCUGUGGAUGUCCUUCAUCUUAGAGAGGAAAACUUACAGAGCCUACCUCUGAUUCCCUGCUCACAGAACUCCAAGGUGCGCCCAGAUCGGAGGAGAUAAAGUAUACUCGGACCGAGGGCCAGAGCCUGAAUGAGAGCUGUCCCUUCAAUGUGAUGAAGUACUUCAGCACCCGGAAGGCGUGGCAGAGGCUGGGAGACAGAGGGGAGCUCCAGACACUGGCAAUAACAGACAGGGUCUCCGGGCUGAGCUCCAAAGUCCACAAGGACAGGUGCUUCCUAGAAGACAUCCCCACUGAAGGCAUACUGCAUGUCCAUAUGGCCGACCUGCGAGUGGAGGACUCUGGAUUGUAUCAGUGUGUGAUCUACCAGCCUCCCAAAGACCCCAUCCUGUUGCACCAUCCCAUACGCCUGGUGGUGACCAAGGAUCCUGCCCAGGAUUCGGCUCAGAGGUCCACUCUUCCUCCUGUUACCACCAAGGCCCAGGGCAAGACUCAUACCAGCCCCAGUCCUGUGACCCAGCUCCUGACCAUGUCAACUGCCGGCCUCGGAGUCAACCCCACACACGGGACGGAUGUCCUCAAUAUGGAGCCCAGGAUCUCCGUGAUCAGCAUCGUCACGAUCGUGGUGUGUGGAAUCCUCAGUAAGAGCCUGGUCUUCACUUUCCUGUUGAUCGCCACACAGAGGUCAUUUGGCCGCUAAGUCCAUGACCCCCUGAGAAUGCCCUGCGACCUCCAUCCUCGUCCAUCUGGCAGUUGUGCCAGAAGAAGCGUGUGAAAGCGGAGGCCAGGUGGGUGGGGAGGGCAAGGACUGAGUUGAAUCUGUGACACGGGUUGUUUCUAAGGCUCAGGACCCCCCUUGCUGGCCCUGCUGAUUCCCCUCAUGUCACUAAUAAUCGUGGGUGUGUGCUCUGCCCCAUCAGAGGAGAAGAUACAGCCCCUGACGUGCCCUGGGCCUCCAUCCACCCAGCGGCCCGGGGUUUGCAUUACAUAAAGACAGAGUCCAAUGCU